CAGGAGGGGGGCGGGGCAGCUGCCGAACACGCGAGGACUACGCUACCCAGGCUGCACUGUGCUCGCGUUCACGUGAUCCUCCGGGCUGCUUGGUGGAUCCUUCCUUCCCACCAGAUGGGAAAAUGGCAGGACUGAGCCCCGGGGAUCGCUGGGCCGAAGCAUUAAUUGAUGAGCUGAGAAGAAAUCCAUGUCCGUUGGAGGAAGUAAGAACCAAUUUUGAUAGUUGUGGCUGUAGUGACUGUAUGAGAAUGAAAAAGGAACGUAUGUGUGACAGUGGAAGAAGCCAGUCAACAUUUGGAGAAGGCAGCAUGACCUACACCAAGGAACAGUUACUUGGAGUUCAAAGAAUAAAGGAGAGUAAGAAUUACUAUGAAAUUCUAGGCGUAGGAAGAGAUGCAAAAGAUGAAGAACUAAAGAAAGCUUACCGAAAACUUGCUCUUAAAUUUCAUCCUGACAAGAAUUGUGCUCCAGGAGCAACAGAUGCAUUCAAAGCAAUAGGCACAGCUUUUGCAGUUUUGAGCAACCCUGAAAAGAGAUUACAGUACGAUCAGUUUGGAGAACAGGAAGAUACUUUUUAUACCAAUGUGCCCAACCACUAUAACUAUUACAGAGAAUUUGAAGCAGAUAUAACGCCAGAAGAAAUAUUUAAUAUGUUUUUUGGAGGGAAUUUCCCAACAGGAAAUAUACAUAUGUUUUCCAAUUCUUCAGUGGACCCCCCAUGUUAUCCACAGCGGAACAGACAUGAGAGGACAUGGGCCCAGGAUGAACAGGAGGAAGAAAUUAGACCACAGAAUACCUACUCCGCAUUUAUCCAGUUACUGCCAGUCUUUAUUAUAAUACUUGUAUCAAUAGUAACUCAGCUGAUGGCUACUAAUCCACCCUACAGCCUCUUCUUUAAAUCGUCUCUAGGGCACACUGUUGUUAGAGAAACACAAAACCUGCAGGUGCCUUAUUACGUGGAUAAGAACUUUGAAAAUAAUUAUCAUGGAGUAGAACUUGAAGAACUUGAAAAACAUAUCGAGAAAGAUUAUAUUGAUUAUGUCCAAACUAGUUGCAGGAAAGAAAAACAACAAAAAUCAGAGUUAUCUAAUUUGGCCAAGCUAUACCGAGAUGAACGACUGAAACAGAAAGCCGAAUCCAUAAAACUUGAGAACUGUGAAAAGCUCUCCAACCUCAUAGGGAUUCAAAGGAGCCGCCAAUUGGCCGAGGCGUGAGAGAACAACACUGUUCUGUUGGCAGGAAUUAGACUCUCUUUUAUAAUGAAGAGGAAAGGUGUAGAGAGAGAAAAGCAUCCCAGACAAACCACACAUAGAAUCAUUAGAUUCAUAGAAACUGUAUAUGGACUGAGACAUAGAGGCAGCACUUGCUGUCGUGUAUACAGUACAUUUCGUUUCAGAGUCCAGUAAUUAUUUCAGUGUUAGUGAUUCUUCAUUUACCUUCAUUUUGUUAUAGUCUUCAUGUUGAUACUUUGCCACUGUUUAAGUGCCAACUGGGUGCUUUGCAGGAUCAUAGCCAUCAUGCUUACUGAGCCUAUGGUUUCUCAACUUUUACCUUGCAAGACAUCAUAGUUAGAAGAGAAAAAGAUGGCAUUAGUCUUUCAUUUAUGUAUGUAUGUAUAGAUACAUGCACAGGCAGUGCGUACAGAUACAUGCACAGACAUAUAUGCUGUACAAAACAUGUGCGGUUCGGUUUUGAGAGAACUUUACAGACCAGUGUCUUAAGGAUAUAUGCUGUGUUAUGUUGCAAUACAUAAAGCACUUGGAAAAGCUAAAGUGCUGCCUGAAGAGUCAUCAUCUAAAAACAAUAUGAAAAAAAUGGGGAGAGAAGACAAAGCAGGAACUGGAGCAUUAACUCCUUAUCUGGCCAAUGGAUGAGGAUGGAUUGGUAUUCUGGUUUGCCAGAUGAGACUUGUACACAAAGAAAGAAAACAGCCUGUCAGAAUGUGAGCUAGGUUUCAACUUUUGGCCUAGGGGAAAAUUCUAGGCAGGCUAAUGGCAUUUAUUUCCACCUAAGUAAUACAACAUUAUGACCUAAGUUACAUUUCUGUGUAAGCCUGAGUUUUGCUAUAGGCUGGUUCCUUCCAGUUGGGUUGAGAUCUGAACACAUCUGAUUCCCAAACUGUGAAUGUACGUGUGGAGGUGCCAUCUAAGGAAUAUGUUAUCAUGGUACGGUGCUGGCAUCCUGUGUGCUGAAUGUUUUGUUUGAGGGAGCAUGCUACGAUCCAAGGCACAAAUGUUGGUAAAUUCAUUUGCAAAGGUCUUUUCACUUACGACAUAAGCAAAAUGGUUGUAGCUAGAACUACUUUCAGAUGAGGGUUCCAGCUGAAGCCUUAUUGUUCUCUCAGUGAAUAUUGCCUGGUUACAAAGCCUAGAGAUAAAAUCCAUGCCUUUUUAGGAUCUAUUGGCAGGAAGCAUUUGGCAUAACUUUAUUCUACAAAUAUUAAUGGGUAGCCUUAUCCAUUGGGCUUCUGAACACAGGGUCGUAAAUAAUUUCCAACCAAAAGAAAAUGUACAGUACAGGUAAUCCUUGACUUACAACCACAAUUGAGCCCAAAAUUUAUGUUGCUAAGUGAGAAAUUUGUUAAGUGAGUUUUGCCCCCUUUUAUGACUUUUCUUGCCAUGUUUGUUAAAUGAAUCACUGCAGUUGUUAUAUUAGUAACACAGCUGUUGAGUGAAUCUGCCUUCCCCAUUAACUUUGCUUGUCAGAAAGUAGCAAAAGGGGAUCACAUGAUGCCGGGAUGUUGCAACGGUCAUAAAUAUGAGCCAGUUGCCAAGCAUUCGAAACUUGAUUAUGUGAAACAAACAAAAUGUUAAAAAGUUAUGAUAUUUAUGUAUGUUACUCUACCAAAAACAUCUAAAUUAUAUUAAAGUAGCCAAAAUAUCUCUACAAUCCCCAAGGCAUGUCACAAUUCAUGCCGGCCACAUGACCACGGAGACGUCUUCGGACAGCCCUGGCUCUUCGGCUUUUAAAUGGAGGUGAGCACCACCCCUUAGAGUCAGGAACGACGAGCGCAUAUGUGCGAGGGGAACCUUUACCUUUACCUUUAACGUUUGGAAAUUAAAAGUUGAAAAAUUUGAUGCACCCUAAACUGGGAAUGCUGCAACGGUCUUAAAUGUGAAAAAAUGGUUGUACACCCCUUUUGCCAGUGUCGCUGUAACUUUGAACAGUCACUAAAUGAACUGUUGUAAGUUGAGGACUACCUGUAAUCCUGUGAAAUAUGAUAGCUUUGAAAACAAUAGCAUUAUAUCAGGUGAUUGUGUGAUUAAAGAUUUUAGUUAUUAGAUGAGGUGAUAGAUGGGGCCUAAUCCUUUGCUACAUUGUAACAUGACUACAUAACUGAGUUUUAUGAAAUUCUAUACUUUCGUCAAAGGCAAUUAAUGGGUAUGCUUAAAGGGGUUUGCUCUAUCACUUUGAGAUCCAUUGUUUGUCUUUACAAACAAUGUUUACAUCCAUUGUUUGUCUCCCUCUCAAAUUACUUGACCCCACACAUCCCAAUGUGGCAUCCUUGCUGAAAGGUGUAGGUUUAAACAUAAAAAUAUUCUUAAGACCCCUUUCAGGGCUAAAUAGUUCUCAGAGAUGGUAUCUGAUAUUAAAAUUUGUUUUGAAAGACUUCAUCAACUGUGUUUUACAAAUGUUUAUAUUGCCAAUUGCAGGAAAACCAAGCUCCUGAAUUUUGAUAUCCAGAAUUAACUGUGUAUUUUGUCAUAUGCCCAUUUGGCAAUAGGUAAACCUAUAGCAGAUUUUUGCAUAAACUAAAGGCAUGGUUCAGCCUUUGUGAAAUAGUUUCUUUUUAAAUGUUCUUCAGAUGUGCAUGAGUUCUGAAAAAAAUCUCAUUUAUUUUCACAUCAAGCACCAAUUGUUUUUAUUUAUUUAUUUAUUUAAAUGUUUAAGUUAUUGGUGAUAUUUAUUUCUCUGAAUGUACAUAUAUAUUGGCAAAAUGGUGAUUACAUGAUAGCGUUGAAUCAUUACUGUAUAGUUCACUUUUUUCAAAAAAUAUUUAGAUGUGUAACAUUCCAGAGGAUUAAUAAAUAAGAUGAUUUCA